AUGAAAGAAAGGUGUGUUGAGGUACAGAGAUUAUAUCCGGAGCGAUCCGAACAAAUUUUAGCCAUUUCCAAUUCCAUCCGAUACGGACGAUAUGAGACUGUGGUUGUUGAGAGGCAAAUAGAGGAUGAUGCUCUUAUUAUAUUAUCUGCGUGUUUUAAAGAUCUUUAUCCAUACCUUCUUGUUCAAAAAAUGGAGAGUCUUUUUGCAGUCGGACAAAAUGCAUUUGACAAAGUGAUAGAAACACGAGAACAUUUUAUGAAUAAACAUAACGAGCGGCCCUCUCAUUUUAUUCUUGUUGUCAACGAUAUUGAAGACCCCACAAACACUCUUUACCUUCAACGUAUUCUUGAAUUACAAGACGAAUACAAAAUGGUGUACUCAGACUCUUUCGACCUGUUUCUAACAACAUAUUCGUCAAUACCAACACUCUCUAUACCAUCUAGAGAGUCGAUCAAAUUCCCAUAUCUCUCAUACACCGCUUUAGAAACAAUCAUUUCUUCAAUUACACACAACUCACCAAAUGUUGCUCAGUAUACACAAGAAUUUAUAUCUCUUGCAAAAGAUCUGCAUAACAACUACGCGACUCGGACAACUAUUCAAACAGAUAUAUUUAGUCUAUUUAAUACUCUCAACUCAUCCAAUGAUACACAAGAAGUCACUCAAUUGAUUAUCCAAAAGAUGCGAAAUGACUUCAUGCGACCCAUUUUGUGUGGUAAAAACGUCUUAGUGGAAACCACCGACAUCGCGAACGACACUUCAUAUUAUCUCAACUAUUUGCUUUACUCCGCAUUCUUGAUAUCACUUGGAAACGAUGGGAAACGCACUGCAAAGCCUCUUAAGAUUUCGACAGUGUAUAUGGAAUUUGCCAAACAGUGUCCAAACCCCCUCUCGUUUUGUUCCUUUGUCUUUGUCUUUCGAACAGCACUUGAUAAAAACUAUUUUAUACCAGCUAACUACAAAGAGACUUUUUUGUGCAACUCUUAUAAAAUUAACAUCUCAAGACAACGCUUCGACCAAAUCGCAGAGAACCUCUUUGGAAACAGAAAUGGUGAGUCUGAUGCUUUAUAA